AUGGUGUACCGCGUAGCUGGUCCCUCUGAGGUGCUUGCCAUCACAGGAUCUUUCUUCACAGAUCCAGACAUAGUACUUGCUAAGAAGAAGUGGAUAUGGCCUGGCCAAAAGUGGGUCAAAGUCGACUUAACUCCGGUGAACUACACCUUCCAAGUCCAAGCCAUGAGCGCCGAGAAGCUCCCCUUCAUCCUCCCGGCGGUCUUCACCAUCGGCCCCAAAGUGGACUGUAAUGAGAGCAUGUUAAGAGCUCGUCCAGGUGUCAUCGAGGGUGAGACUCGUGUCCUCGCCGCCUCCAUGACCAUGGAAGAGAUCUUCCGCGGCACCAAAUCAUUCAAGCAAGAGGUUUUUGAUAAAGUUCAGCUCGAACUCGAUCAGUUUGGCCUUCGCAUCUAUGAUGCCAAUGUCAAACAACUGGUCGACGUCCCAGGCCACGAGUACUUCUCCUACCUAGGCCAGAAAACCCAGAUGGAGGCUGCCAAUCAAGCCAAGUUACUAUAG